GGUCCUCCGGGCCGGGCGGUGGCGCUGUGGGCCGGUUUCCCGCCGCUCAGUGCUGAGCCGCCGAGAUGCAGAAAUACGAGAAACUGGAAAAAAUCGGUGAAGGAACAUAUGGCACCGUCUUUAAGGCAAAAAACAGAGAAACCCAUGAAAUUGUUGCUUUGAAAAGAGUGCGUCUGGAUGAUGACGAUGAGGGUGUCCCAAGCUCAGCUCUGCGGGAAAUCUGCCUUCUGAAAGAGCUGAAACAUAAAAAUAUUGUGAGGUUACAUGAUGUCCUGCACAGUGAUAAGAAGCUGACUCUUGUGUUUGAGUAUUGUGACCAGGAUUUGAAGAAGUAUUUUGACAGCUGCAAUGGAGACCUGGAUCCUGAGAUUGUGAAGUCGUUUAUGUAUCAGUUACUGAAGGGUUUGGCAUUCUGUCACAGCAGGAACGUGCUGCACAGAGACCUGAAACCACAAAACCUCCUGAUCAACAGGAACGGUGAGCUGAAGCUGGCUGAUUUUGGGCUUGCUCGAGCGUUUGGAAUCCCUGUCCGAUGUUACUCUGCAGAGGUGGUGACGCUUUGGUAUCGUCCCCCAGAUGUGUUGUUUGGUGCGAAACUCUACUCCACUUCCAUAGACAUGUGGUCAGCUGGCUGUAUAUUUGCAGAGUUAGCAAAUGCAGGAAGGCCACUGUUCCCAGGGAAUGAUGUAGACGAUCAGUUGAAGAGGAUUUUCCGUUUGCUGGGAACCCCAACAGAGGAACAGUGGCCGUCCAUGACCAAACUACCCGACUACAAGCCCUAUCCCAUGUAUCCUGCAACAACAUCUUUACUAAAUGUUGUUCCUAAACUCAACACUACUGGACGAGACCUACUCCAGAAUCUGUUGAAAUGUAACCCAGUGCAAAGGAUUUCAGCUGAAGAAGCCUUGCAGCAUCCCUACUUUGCAGAUUUCUGCCCCCCUUAAGGGGUAGGUGAGAGAUAUGGAGCUGCCUCAGUCAACCCAUCUUUAAUGUUAGUCAGAUGGAACCAACCACAGCUCCUGCUGCCUGGACCAGCCAAAAGGACAGACAACUGGGGCUUCUGACAAUGAGUGUUCUUUCUAGAAGGGUUUUUGUUAGCAUUCCAUUACAUUUAAGAGAAGGCACUUUUUGUUUGUAAGGAAUUGUGUGAAACCUGUUUGCUGUCUGUGUGCGUGUCAUUGUGCACAUGUCUGUGUUGUCGUUUCGUAUGUCCUCAUGUAUCUGUCCUGCACGUAUGUUUCAUGGAUGCAAAUGUCAUGUAGGUUAUUGUGCAAUUGUCUUUACUGGUAUAAUUAGAUGUGAACAUGCUAUACAAUCCUGUCUGUGUAUUCAUGUCUGCUCUCACUUGCUGUCCCUGUUAUCAUAUAUGUACAUUCUCAUGUGUGUCAUUACACGUGCUUCUGUUUAUCUGUAUGUUAACAUGGAUGUUGUGGCUGUAUAAUUGUGUGAUUAGACAGUUUUAUUAAUAAGGAAAUAACGUGGAGUAAAGUGUUAGUGUGGAGACUAACAGAAUCUCUGCUGCACACCGUUUUCUGGAGGGUUUUUUUCUUUACAUUCUUUACAGCUUUAUCAUGAGAGAGCUUUGUUUUGGUAAACAAGUAUUGUGAAAUUUGAAAGUUUGCCUGCUUGCUUUGUAUUCUACCUUUUUUUUAGAUUAGAUUAGAUUCACUACAGUUCUUGUCAUGAUUUGGAGAUGCCGGUGUUGGACUGGGGUGGGCAAAAUUAAAAAUCACACAACACCAGGUUAUAGUCCAACAUAUUCCAAAUAAACCUGUUGGACUAUAACUUGGUGUUGUAUGAUUUUUAACUUUGUCUACUUUCUUGUCUGUCUUCUCAGGCUAUGCAUUUUUUUUGUUAUUGCAUAGGUAUAUUAGGGACUCUUUCAUCUGUUAUACGUGUGAUUUUGUGUUUUUGACUGUUCACAUAUGUCCUGAUGUGUAUUCCUGUUUAUAGUAUUUUUGUUUGUUAACAUGCAUACUCUUGAGCACAUAUCGACACGUGUUUAUAUGUGCUUGUGUCCUUGAUGGCAUGUUUGUGUCUAUGUUGAUUUAUGCUGUUUGAGUGCCCAUGUUGAUGCUCUCAUCCCUACGUUAAUGUGUGUGCCUGUGUUGAAAGGUGUACUGUGUGUUUAUUCAGCACUUUUCUUUGCCAAAUGUCUGUCAUUGAGUAAAGUGUUUCUGUAGAGUCUGAAGUCCAGGGGUCACUGAUGUAGCUCCCACUCUACAUGAUAACUACAUGCACAAUCUGAUUACCCAUCCUUUCUCCAUAGAAUAACCAAUAAGGAGCUCACGCCUCCUACUUUGCUAAUGUGGUGUUGCUUGCGAUCCCAUUGAUGCACUUGUUAUAAUUAGGUCAUCUAGUUGAUACAAACACUUUUGUGUUUGUUUUUAUCUAUGAAUGGUAGAAAAAUAAUCAUUCAGUCUGUGGAUCAUAACACAUUGACUGUGGAUCAGAUCAACUGUAGUAACAGAAAAUCAAGGAGGUAGAUCUUGCUGGAUUACAAAACUUUAUUCUUACUCAAGUGCAAAACAAUUAAUAAAAAAACAUUUUGCUAA